AUGUUCUUUCCUCUCAUGGAUUAUUAUUUCUUUCUUUCCUUAAUUCUCAAUCACUAUAUGGCAUCUUUCUUUCUUUCUUUCUUUCUUUCUUUCUUUCUUUCUUUCUUUCUUAAUUCCUACCACUCCUUCUAUUAUUAUGUAUCUUUCUUUCUUUCAUUCAUUCAUUCCUUCAUUCAUUCAUUCAUUUAUUCUUUCUUUCUUUCUUUCUUUCUUUCUUUCUUUCUUUCUUUCUUUCUUUCUUUCUUUCUUUCUUUGUUCCUACCACUCCUUCUAUUAUUAUCAGUAUUCUUUCUUUCUUUCUUUCUUUUGUACAUACAUUAUCCACCUUUCUUUCUUUCUUUCUUUCUUUCUUUCUUUCUAUGGCAGCAUUAUUCUUUCAAUCUAUGGAAGCCUUAUUCUUCAUUUUAUGGAAGCAUUAUUCUUUCGUUCUUUCUUUAUUUCUUCCUUUCUAUUGAAGAAGUAUUCGUUGUUUAUCUUUUUCUUUCUUUCAUUGGAAGUAUUAAUCUUUCUUUCUAUGGUAGCAUUAUACUUUCUUUCUCUCUCUCUCUCUUGAGUAAAACACAUACCUGGAAUCUAUCUAUCUAUCUAUCUAUCUAUCUAUCUAUCUAUCUAUCUAUCUAUCUAUCUAUCUAUCUGAGCCUGCCUAUCACGUUCUGUUCAUUAUCUAUCUAUCUAUCUAUCUAUCUAUCUAUCUAUCUAUCUAUCUAUCUAUCUAUCUAUCUCACGGGUGGGCUUUCACCCGUUUUACGAAAACUGACUCUUGUUCAGAAUGUUAUGGAUGCAAAGGUGGUAGUUUUCCGUACUAUCUAUCUAUGCCAGUCAUUCACUGCAUUCAGUCAUCACACGACUGGCCCAACUGAUUAA